AUGCGCGGUGUGUUCUUGACGAAGUCCGUCUGGCACGUCGUGAACCGCGAGGUGACGCCAACCUUCACCUACCAGCGAGCGUCCGACGAGUACGUCAAGACAAUCAACAUCGCGUUCGGGUCGAUGUUGCUUCACAUGAGUGCGGACUAUCACCAUGUGUUCGACAGCUGCGAGGAUGCGUGGGUUGCGUGGUCACGUCUUAAGUCGUUGUACGGUGGAUCGCAGAAGGCCGGACGGAUUUACCUCAAGCGUCAGCUGUUCAGCAUGAAGAUGGCUGAAGGCGCCAACGUCAUGCAUCACUGCAACGAGGUCCUGAACAUCGCCGCCAAGCUUAGCAGCAUCGGUGCAAAGAUGGAGGACGAAGACGUCGCAAUUUGCCUGUUGCUCAGUCUCCCGAAGAGUUGUGAGAACGUGGUUCUGAACUUGGAGAUGAGUAUGCAGAACUUUGUACCCAAGAUGUGGUGA